AUGAGAGUUCUCUCUCUUCAAAUCCGUAUAGACGAAGGCUUCCAGCACCACCAGGGAUCAGUCAUCACUUUGGAAACCACCAACAUAUCGCCAUUCAGUCAGCAGCAGAACUAUACAGACCGCUGUUCAAAUAUCACAAAUAUCACAGGCAACAUGAGCAUCAACAUGUUUCGGGGCUUCAUUUUCGCAAUGAUGUUCGCGGCUGCCGUUAUGGCAGAUGAAGGAGACGACUUUGCGAACAACAUUCUAUCCGACUUGGCGCCAUUGCUCGCUCUCUUUGGAGAGCAGGUCACUAUGCAGUUCAUGAGCCAGUCGCUAGGCUGGGCCGAUAAUAUUUUACUAGCCGUGGCACCGCUUGGAAUCAUUACGAUCAUAGUCAGCGCUAUCAGAGUUGGAGGCCUAGGAUUUCUGAAGGCGCUUAUUGGCAGGGCUAGGGAGAAUCUUGCUGUCGCUGAACAGGAGCUGAUGUCGUCUACUUCAACAGAGACCUGUGAGCUCUGGAACGGCCAUGAGGUGAUUAGGUGCAUGGGAUCAGCCCCUGUGACAGAAUUCAUCUGUUUGCUUCCUGAAUCGGGGAUAAACGAGAGUACUAAGAUCCAGGUGAAGGCGUUCAAGGAUGUAAACAAACAUCAACUCUCUGAGCAAGAACCACUGGGAUUGAGGCUUCGCAAAGCUUCACCUUUCCACUCGCCGGCAGCCUCAAAAGAGAACUUGGAGAACAUCAUUGUCACUCGGAUUUCGCGCAAGAGCGCGCCUAACAUCUCACUCAACGCGCAUAAUCUCACCACUAGGGCUGAAGUACGAGCGGCAGCCGUCUGGGGAAUCGUCAUUCAGCUCGGACUGGUAGUAUUUGCCGCAUGUGCUGUGUAUCAUCCGUCUCUGAGUUAUUCCAAGGACGGGAGCACUAUCGCCAGGCAUGCCUUCCCAUGUUAUUCAGUCGGAACAUUGCUGCUGGUUGUUGGUAUGCUCUUAUGUGCACACGUUGUGGAGAGCAGCACCAAGGAGACCCAGUUCCGACCUUCACAAGGGAUAAGAGCCCAGUUAGUAUGGUUGCAGCAAACUAAAACCGUCAGCGAUCAGGUUUUCAAUUCCUUUGCAAUCUAUGCCAAAACUGAGCGAAGCUCUAUUAUGAAGUCGGUGCGUAUGGACGAGGACAAGACAGACCAGCAAGUCGACAAGAAAUCCUCGAGUGAAGAUAUUUCGUCGACCCAGGAAUCUACUACCACAUCAGAGGAAAGUUUCAGCGCACCCUUAAGGCUUGGGGCUAGCGUGGGACCGUUCAUUGGUAUCUGUGGAUACAUUGUUCAAUUUCUCGUCGCCAUUGUCCUCUUGACGGCAACUAGGUCAUGGGUUCGUCGGCAUCUUGCAACGGCUCCAGCUUCACACAAAAUUUCUCCUGGAUAUGAACUCGACUGGUUCGCAGCGACCUUCGCCAACGUCGGAGAAGCCCCGUGGAAUCCUGUCAAUGCUAGAGCGCGAAGUGGCAAAGGAUCCGACACCGAUCGACGGUGGCAAUUGGGGCGCUUGGAAGCGAACAUUGACGACUCGGGGUCCCCUGUGAAAAUGACAGAUUCUAGCGCCGACGAUGCCCCGGAUUCAGCCGCACAUGCUAUCGUGAAGAUCAGAAGAAAUCUAGCCCAGUUAUCAAACUGGAAGGGGCCGGCUUCUGCAGAGGCUAUUUCUCUCGCACGAUCGAUUGAGGCUGUGAUGGACUUCUUUUUCAGGCACUCAGAGAAGGAGUCUUACACCUGGUCUCUCAAAACUGUUGGCCGCCAGUCUGUUCAGUUUUGCCUCACACGAAAAGACGGAAAGUGGACGGCAUAUUCGGAUGAGUUAGAAGCAGCUUUGUCUCUGUGGCUUUUCUCGGCGGAGGGAGGGGAGAAAGAACAAGAAAAGGACUACGUGGACGCAUUGCCAGUUGGAGAUAGACGAGACGACAGUUGGUUGCGCGCUGAAGGAUCGCCUGGGAGACGUGGCCUCCGUGUUCUUGGAACCUACAGCGACAGCCUGCAUCGAGAUCUCUCUUGGUGGAUGAGCAGCGAGUCCGCCAGAAUCGUCAGGGCACAUCAAUUUUUCGAGGGUGACGAUGCAACUGAAAUACUGGAGUACAAAAACCACAGAGUGGUGGGGUCUGCUGGAGUCAACUCAAUUCCCCGACAGCCAGGCGACACUUCUAAAUACAGGGUAACAGAACUAUCACAUUGUAAUGUCGAACACUAUAAAUGGGCGGACGACGACGGCCCGGGAGUCUUGGCUACCGAGUUCCACGGGACAUUGAAUUCGCUGUAUGCCCUGGACAUUUUCUCAAGCUUUUUUGGGGCAGCUGCGAAAACUCUGGAAGAAAAUUCGUUUUCCGGCCUCGCAGAGGUGCAUCCCAACACCGCAGCAACAGGCAAAGAGGCCUGGAAAUUCUUCUUUCUUCGUCAAGAUCAGCUUUCAAACUUGGCUAAGCGAAUUGAAAAUAUCGGGCUCGGCAACCUGGACGACAUCUAUUUGAGCAUGAUCCCCUCUCUUAGUGUGGUGAAAAAACUCCCUGCAGGAACUGCCAUUGUGGAGCUGGCAAGGCAGCCCGCCAGACUUGGCCUUUGGACAGAAUUCGGUGGGGUAUAUGUGUGGCUGCUUUCUAUCGCUAAAACAUAUCCAACACUAAAUGAUUUUUCAAUUCAGGUAAUAGCGGUGGCGUUGGAGUUCUUGCGGCAAGUCAGCAUGGCCUUGGACGUAACAAAAAUGGCACCACUAAGCCCUGAUUUGGAAGAAUGGGCCUUGAAAACUCUCGAGGAUCUGAAGAAGCGAUUGCAGGAUGAUAUCCGCAGCUGGCCUGAAGCUCAUCGCACCGUCGCAGCGCUUUUGAGGUUAUAUAAGAUCCAGAGACGUGAGUGGGAAUGCGGGAUCCCGCUCACGGGCGGCAGUCUUGAAGAUCAAAGCAGCUACGACUAUCCCAAAAGUUUCCAUCACACCAAAUUACACCAAGCAACUCUGAGCGACAGCCAUGACCCCGGCUCUGUAGUCUCAGCAGUGUUGAAUGAGGACAUCAACGCGAAGGACAUUUUCGGUUGGACACCUCUGCAGAUAUUUGUUGUUUUUUGGGGCAAAUCCCAGUCCCCAAGACUUAUUUGGAUGGACGCCACUACAUUACGCUUGCAAAUCUGGACCAACGCAUGA